CAGCGAGAAGAUAUAAUUCUGGGAAUUCAUUAAUAUGAACAAACGGCUGGAUCCUCAAGGAGUUCGAGGCUUGGCAAUACUAUCCGUUUUAGGAUUUCACUUCCUGCCAGAUGUAUUUCCUAAUGGAUACUUAGGAGUUGAUCAAUUCUUUGUAUUAUCUGGAUUUUUAAUGUGUAUGCUCCUAAGAAAAUCUUCAAUUUCUGCAAGCUAUAAAUCCAAUUUCCAAUUUAUUGUUGCAUUUUAUCAUCGGCGUCUUAAACGUAUACUUCCAUUAUACCUACUCGUAAUUAUGUCUUCUUCAAUAUUCUUAUUCUGGAUGAUACCAGAUACUGCCCUGCUGACAAAUCUGAGAUCAGGAGAAAAGGCUUUAAUUUUUAUAUCAAAUCGUAUGGCGACAUUAGAAGAAGAUUAUUUUGCACGGUUAUCUUAUGCAACUGAUAUCUUCACACAUACAUGGUCAUUAUCAGUGGAAGUUCAAUUCUACCUUAUCAUACCUUUGAUCUACCUGUUAAUUAUCAGAACUUUACCUCAAAAGUGCCAUAUUUUAUGUUUUACUAUACUUGGCUUAUUUUCUUUUAUGUAUUCCAAACUGUUUUGUACAGAAACUGAAGCAUUUAACAGUGUAUUUGCUAGAGUUUGGCAAUUUGCAAUAGGAAUAAUUGCCAACAUAGUCAGUGAAACCAAAUUAUGGUCUGAUGAUUAUAAUCAAAUUGAAGGUUCGAAGAAUGCCAUGAUUUGGAAAAAAGUUAUGAAAAAUUGUUGUCUAGUUUUAAUGAUUGUGGUUCUCAUUUAUCCAAUAAAAUUACCAGCGGGAACUAUUAGAACUUUGUUCACAAUUGUUACGGGAUUAUUGAUCAUGAUAUCACAAAACGAUGAAAUCUUAUCUGUUCGAGUUUUAACUUAUAUCGGUGAUGUAUCAUACUCUUUAUACCUUAUUCAUUGGCCAAUUUAUGCAUACUGGAAGUUAGUAUUGAGUGCCGGAUCAACAAUGAAUUUUCAAUUACUAUUAAUUUUUCUGAUAUCUGUUGUUUUAUCAGUCAUUAGUUUUGAAUUUUUUGAAAAAAAAUAUUUGAGACUACCCGACAGACAGAUAACGAAAAUUUGCAUUUUUCUAUUCUUGACCAACGUUAUUUUAUUGGAAUAUCCCCGCGUUGAAGACAUUCUCACAGCUCCCGGAUUUGGCUCUAGGUUAGAUGGUUUGGAUGAAAAUACGUAUAUGAGCUAUGAAAAAGUAGAGAGCCUUCAUCGGAAAUGGUCCAUUUAUGAUUAUCGAAACUUUUAUGCGCCAUCAUGUGAUUAUGGGGAUGGUGCAGGACCACUUGGUUGGUGUGAGCACACUGGUCUCGAUAAGAGAAACGGUAAAUUUAAAUUUCUUCUCAUUGGAAAUUGUUGGGCAGCUAAUCAUGCUAGAAUAUUUUACGAUGAAUGUAAAGUGCAGGCAAAACGUAUCGUACAAUUCUCGGAGGCAGGUUGUGACCCACUGGUUUCUCAUAGAUAUAAUGUUGAAUACUGUGUUCCCGCUCUAGAUCGGUACGCGGAACAGGUUGAAAAAGAAAAACCAGAUUACCUAUUUUUAAUGUCAAGAAUGUUUGACAUUGGAGACCCGAUUCCUCAAAAUGCAACAGUUCUAGGUUAUGAUCCUAUAUCUCAGUCAAUGAAAAAUCAAUUAAACAAAAUGGUUAAACAUGUCAAAAAAAAGAUUUAUAUUCUGACGUCAUUGCCGGCAAUAAUAGAUGGGAACAUUGCUAAAAUCGUGGAAAAACUAAGAAGCGGUGCAGAUAUGGAUGAAUUUGAUAGAUAAAUAAUUGGCCAAGACGCAACACUUGCUCGAAGUCGUUACAGAAAGUUGUUGAAACAGUGUUCAAAAUGUGAACUUAUCGAUUACAAACCGUUUUUCUGGAGAAAUGCCACCCAAACAUGGCGAUUCUAUGACGUAGACUAUAAUGGACUGAGCUAUUUCACAUCUGAAAAUCAUUUUAGUUUUCACGGUCUCGAACUA